GGUGAGCAGCGCGCGCGAGAUUCCGGCGAGGGAGUACACAAUUCGCAGGGUGCGUAAAUGGAGCAGCAGAAGAAGAAGCUCUGUGGCGAUGGCGACAUCCACAUCUCUACUUCCAGUUCGAGCUCGAGGAGCAAACGGAAGAGACAAUCCAAUUCCAAUUCCAAUUGCAACUUCGAAAUCGAUUCUACUUUCUCUCUUCUACUCGCCGCCGUCUCCAGCCCUCGCAAUCCCUGCUCCGUCUCCUUGAUUUCCAAAUGCUUGGCCGAGCUCCGUCUCGCUGUUUUUCCACAGUCUCCCCGCCCCUUACAAACUCUGCCGCCUCCCAUUCUCUCUCUACUCCCUCUCCUCAUCCUCUCCCGGCGCCCAGGAAUUGCUUCUCGUGCCGCCGAGAUUGUGGGCGCUGCUUCGCUCCUCUCGCUCCGUGUGAAUGAAGAGAUUGCUUCCGAUGACGCGGUUCUGAAGGCUUUGAUCUCUGCCUUGGCGUGCUCGAAUAGAACGGUUGCGUUGGCUGCUUGUAAUGCUGUUCUGGAUUUGUCCACGACGUCGUUUGGGCGACGGAGCUUGGUGGAGGUAUCUGCCAUCGAGCGUCUUAUGUCUGCAUUUCUGCAGGUUUCAGCCUCUUCAGAGAUGUCAGUUUCUGUAGGCACCGUAUAUAAUGAAAAUUUUGCGACCCUGAAGGCAGGAUUUAGAGGAGAUGAGCUUUCAAUAUUAAUUCUUAAUGCAGCUAUAGUUCUCCUUAACACUUGCCAUUUCAAGCAUUUGGAAAAGAUACCAAGAUACUGCUCACAAAUGUUCUUGGCAUUUUUGAAAAAUCAGUGGAUAGAAGUCCGUAAUAAAAUGGUGCUAAUCAACAGUUUCCAGUGCAGCUUGCAGGAGAAAUUUGAUAUAAGCAAAAUUAGCACCAAUGAUCUGGCCGUCAGUAUUUUUAGGCUUUCAAUUAGUACUGAUCAAGUUAGCAGACUAAUACCGGUGAAGGAGGUGAAAACUUUAUUUGGUUUAAGUGGGUCAAAAUUUGAAGAAUUCAUGUUAAACCACUGGGAAGCAUCACCAUUGCUCAUGCAAAAAUUCUCAAGAACCAUGAAUGAAGAAGCUGAUAUUAUCAGAUCAUUCAUGGGAUCUGUAGUCUCUAUUGAUUCCUUUCUUUCGCCAAUGCUUGGAAGAUUGGUUUCUUGUAAUCCUAUUGCCUCAGAUGAACUAGAUAUACAUAAUUUCUUAGAAGAGGUGAAAAAUGAAUUGGGAUUUCCUCUAAUUUAUCAGCAAGAUAUACGUGUCCUGAGAACAGAUAGGUGUUCAAAAAGAGAGAUACAUUUCUUUCAGGAGAAUUUUGAGCCAUGCUUCGCAAAGGGUCCUCAUUUCUUAAAAUUAAAUGAUGCACUCAAAUGUGAAGAAGCUUUUAAAGAGGGGUAUACAAUUGCUCUUCGAGGCAUGGAAUUUCGGUAUGAGAAGAUUGCUGCUAUUGCAAAUACUUUAGCAUCUCUGUUUGGUCAACCAUCCGUAGGUGCUAAUAUGUACUUGACACCUCCAGGUUCUCAGGGUUUCACUUGUCAUUAUGAUGACCAUUGUGUGUUUGUAUGCCAGCUUGCUGGAAGCAAGCAGUGGACAGUUUUUAGUCCGCUAGAGAUGUGGUUACCUCGCUUGUAUGAUGCUCAUGAAUCCCAACAUUGUUCUGAGAUCGAGAAUCCAUUGGCAGUAAGAAGACAGUUUUUGCUCAGGGAAGGUGAUGUAUUGUAUAUACCCAGAGGAUUUCUUCACGAGGCUCGUACUGAAAAUGACGGUCCUGAUGGGUCUUCUCUACACCUUACCUUUGGUAUUGAGGUCGAACCUCCUUUUGAGUGGGAAGGAUUUGUUCACAUUGCUAUCUAUAGUUGGAAUGAUAACCCAAAGCAAUAUGAUACUUCACUUGGAGCUAUGUCUAUAGAACUGUUGCACUUUGCAAUUGGGUUAAUCAGUAUCUCUGAUCAUAACUUUCGGAAGGCUUGCUUGGUAGCAGCAAUUUCUUUGCCUUCGGAUACUGAUAAUAGGCCUGACCUGAACCAGAAGACUAUUUUCAAUAGAUUGAUAGAUAAAAUCAGUAGAGAGUCAAAAUUCUUGGAAGUGAUUUCUAGUAUAGAAAUUGCAGUUGAGAAAGAUGAAGAUCCCUUCCAUCGGAUGAGAUGGCUUAGGCUUCUUAAUGUAGAUGGAAAAGAAAGAACCAAAGAAGAUAAGUGGACUAUGCCUUCAAUUGGUAUAAGAGAUCUGUUUUCUAUUUGUGUUAAUUACAAAGAGAAGGUAGAAAAUACAUUUAUGGAGGUAAAGUCCAGAUUUUGCAGUGAGGUGCGAUUUGAGAAUGCUGUGGAGUGCUAUAAAAAGUUGCUGGAGAGGUAUAGCAAGGUCAGAAGUCAAUAUAUGACUGGAAUGAUUUCUUUGCAUUGAACUACGAGUGAUCUAAUGUUCCUUGUUCUUUCCCAACUACAUUUACUAUUUCAAGUAAUUCAGGUUCAUGUAGAUUUUGGCGAGUGGUGAGCUCAAGCAAGUUCUGAAGUUGACUUAUCUGCAAUGAUUCUCUGGUAUUUGAUAACUCCAGA